AUGUCAUAUCGUAGAUGUUUUGGUAUUUCUUGUAGCAGCAUGUCUUUUGCUGUAGAUUGGUGUAUAUUAUUAGUAGAUGGUGUAGCGUGGUGUAUGUUAUUAGUAGAUGUUGUAGAUUGGUGUAUAUUAUUAGUAGAUGGUGUAGCGUGGUGUAUGUUAUUAGUAGAUGGUGUAGAGUGGUGUAUAUUAUUAGUAGAUGUUGUAGAUUGGUGUAUAUUAUUAGUAGAUGGUGUAGCGUGGUGUAUGUUAUUAGUAGAUGUUGUAGAUUGGUGUAUAUUAUUAGUAGAUGGUGUAGCGUGGUGUAUGUUAUUAGUAGAUGGUGUAGAGUGGUGUAUAUUAAUGGUCGAUGUUGUAGAGUGGUGUAUAUUAUUAGUAGAUGUUGAAGAUUGGUGUAUAUUAUUAGUAGAUGGUGUAGAGUGGUGUAUAUUAUUAGUAGAUGGUGUAGAGUGGUGUAUAUUAAUGGUAGAUGGUGUAGCGUGGUGUAUGUUAUUAGUAGAUGGUGUAGAGUGGUGUAUAUUAAUGGUCGAUGUUGUAGAGUGGUCUAUAUUAUUAGUAGAUGUUGAAGAUUGGUGUAUAUUAUUAGUAGAUGGUGUAGAGUGGUGUAUAUUAUUAGUAGAUGUUGUAGAUUGGCUAAUAUUGUUUGGUAUAUCUAGAUUCAAGCUGGAACUUCUCCAUUUGGAGAUUUGA